UUCCGACGACACACUCUGGGGCCUGAUCCUUCCUAGCUUUCCAGGAUUGGCUUCCUCCUCCGUUAGGAAGGGGAUCGGGAAGGAAGAACAGGAGGGGCUAAUUCCAGUCUCUCUCCCUCUGUCGAGUUUUUUGCCUCCCACCGGGAGUUUAAGAAGCGGCCGCUUCUCCGGCACAUCUUGCUACCGCUGCUGGCCCUACCGCCCAGUUGAAGAACCCCUGAGAAGUGGCUGGUCGUGGCCGGCAGGACACCUUCCGAGAAGCUCGUGUCGCGAUGGGGGAGAACGGGGUGCAAGCGGAGCAGAGCAGCGCGUACUUUUCCCCGAGCUCCGAUGGGCCUCUGGAUCAGAUCAGUCCCAGCCCGGUCCCUUCGGGCAGCCGCAGCCCAAGCCUGCAACCGCCGGCGGCAGCCCCGGGCGAGCCGAUCCGGGACGGCUCCCAGGUGAACGCCAUCACGGUGCUGACUCUGCUGGACAAGCUGGUCAACAUGCUGGACUCGGUGCAGGAGAAGCAGCAGAAGAUGGAGCUGCGGCAGAUCGAGCUGGAGGGUUCGGUGAAGGGCAUCCAGAGCGACCUGAGCAAACUGUGCAAGAACCACACGUCCACCAGCAACACGGUGGCCAAGCUGCUGGAGAAGUCGCGCAAGGUCAGCGCCAACACGCGCGAGGUGCGCGAGCGCAUGGACCGCCAGUGCGCCCAGGUGAAGCGUCUGGAGCAGAACCACGCGCAGCUCCUCCGCCGCAACCACUUCAAGGUGCUCAUCUUCCAGGAAGAAAACGAAAUCCCUGCCAGUGUGUUUGUGAAAGAGCCUGUUCCCAGUAUUACCGAUGGGAAGGAAGAGCCUGUUGAUGAGAACAAAACUUUGGAAGAAACCAUGCACACGGUGGAGCUCUCAUCGGAAGAUGAAGCGCCCCAUGAGGAAGAUGGUGCAGAUGACAGCAUGGAUGAGAAAAUAGAGGAGUCAAGAGCCGAGAAAAUCAAGAGGUCAAGCCUCAAGAAGGUGGACAGCCUGAAGAAAGCAUUUUCCCGCCAAAAUAUUGAAAAGAAGAUGAACAAGUUCAGCACCAAGAUUGUCUCUGCUGAGCGGAGGGAGAAGAUUAAGAAGUCUCUGACCCCUAACCACCAGAAGUCCUCCUCCUCAAAAAGUUCAUCUUUCAAAGUCUCUCCCCUUACAUUCAAUGUGAAGAAAGUUCGUGAUGGUGACACUUCCACAGAAAUAGAAGACAAGCCGACAUUGGCUAUUGCCGGCGAGCACACAGUGAAUGACGAGGAGACCUCCUUCACGGAGAUUCACCCAGACCUGGCCUCUCCCACUUCUCUGGCUGAAGAAGGAAAAGCCUUUGCUGACUCCCUGGAAAAAGAAACCGGAAGUGACGGAGAAAUGGCGGUCAACAACAACAUUGAGCUUGCAAUUGUUGAAGAAGGUGAUGACUAUAGGGCUUCACUAGAAAUCAGACAGGAACUCUAUGAUGGAAGGAACAAACCGACCAACGGGGAAAUAGAACACUCCGAUGAAGAAUCGAGCCGGGCAGCUGUCCUCCAUGUUGACCAAACUGCAUAAAUGGUUUGAACCCGUUAUGUUUCUGAAUAGAUUUUCUUUCAUUACAUGAGUAAACCAGGGUAUACACUUGUUACACAAUAAACAUGGGGCAACAGUAAUUUAAGGUGGAGUAGUUGUUUUUUUGAAAACUUAGAUUUCCACAAAAGGCUCAUUUCAUGCCAUUAGAAUUCGGGGGGGGGAGGAUGAGGUCUGAUCCUGAGGUAAAAAAUGCUACUGUGCUGCAUUUCAAAGGCAACCCUGACACACCCACCUUCCCCACUUUUUUAUCAUUCACAAAUUGCUGCAGUUGAUGUCAGUGGCAGGUGUAGCCAGAUGUGGCUAUGGCCAUCCCACAUUCUUUCACACUCUCUCUCUCGCAUACAUAGCACAAAUAACAAGCAGACAUACAGGCACACAGCCUCCCCUCCUCUGUGCAGGUCAGCUGAGAGGGGGUUAGUGCUCCCUCUCCAUUCAUCCAAUGAUUGACUGGAUGACCAGGUAGGGGGCAAUUUGUUUUUCCACCCAUCCCAGCCGUGUGCCUACUUUAAUGUUUUUUAUCUUUUUGCUGCUGCUGCUGCCAAAAUCAGUUAGGGACCAGAAAGAUGGGUUUGGGAGGGCAGUUUAGGCCCCUGAAUGGAGAGUUAGCCACCUCUUGUGUUAAAAUACUGAAUAGUUGGACCAGUGAUCUGACUCAGUAUAAGGCAGCUUCCUGUGGGCUUUUCCCUCUCUGUACGUUUUUUCAAGCGGUUUGAACCUAUUUUCCCUCCCUAUAAAGUACUUAAACUUGUUUCCUUCAUGUUACUAUUUGAUGCGGUAAGGCUACCACAAUGUGGCACACUUUUUUUUAGUGUUAACCUCGCAUGAUUAAGAGCUGGUGGCUUCAUUGUCAGUGGGCCAGUGAAUCCCCUCUGGGAUUUAGUUUUCGAAUCUUGGACAUCUUGAAAGUUCAGACUAAAAUCUGGGGUGGAUUCACUGCCCCACUGACACACCAGCCUCCACUGGGCCCUGAUUAUGCCGGAGUGAGUUGAGUCUUUGGAAGCUAGGGCUCACCCCAUCGCACAUUUGUUAUACAGCUCUCUCAGUACACGUGGGUGCAUUGAAAGGGCAUGUUUUACCAAGCAAAGUCGAUGUGGUAAAGAAGAUUGCUAUGUGGUGGCUUUGACACAUCAAAAAGUAAUACGAGAAUUGGAUCUCAGCUGCUUCAGUAGUCAGUAACUACUGAGACAGAGCAGUUAGAUUAUUGGGUUGUGUGCUUGGUUUUGGCACCAUAUUAGUUGUCUUUGGGCUUUAUUAUUCUUGACCAUUUUAUUUUAUCCACCUCCAUUCUGCUCAGGAGGAGGGAUUUUUCCUUAUAAAAAAAAGAAAAGGAAGUAGCAUUACUAGAACUACAGUGCAAGCCUAUACAUGUCUACUCAGAAGUAAGUCCUGUUGAAUUCAGUAGGGCUUACUCCCAGGUAAGUGUAUGUAAGACUGCAGCCCUGUAUUAGUGGAACUUAAUGGGGGAUGGUUUCCUGAGGGCCAGAUGGAUUAAUGUUUAUUCCAUAGGUCCCACCAUAUGGAAAUGAUACCUUGGCAUGGUUGUCCAUGGGAAUUGGGCUGAUAAGACCCAUUUUUGCACAUAAACCCAUGGACACCUGUAAGAUGCAUGUCUCAGGGUGUAUUCAACCAAAUCCUACUCAGAGUACACCCACUGAAAUGAAUGAACAAAUAAAGUUAGUCAUGACUAUUAAUUUCAGUGAGUCUACUCUUGACACCAAAUACCACUCCUUGCUGUAAGGUAGGGGUGGGGGAAUCUUGCUCAGCAACCUUCUGAGGGCCAUGUGCCAGUGGUGGGUAGGGCCAGAGGCAAAGGCGGGAGGAGCAACUAAUGUAAAUUUUACCUUUUGCCCAGUAACCUUGUUUCUACACACACCCAUCCACCCUUCUCCCUCCUCCUUCCAGGCAAGCAAAAGGCAUGAUCAGAAUGGAAGGACACAUUUCAGCCAGGCAAAAACACUUGAGGGGAGUGUGAAGUAAGGCCAGUGAGAGGUGUGGCCUGAGGAGAGUUCCAGGGGCCUGGAUGGUUGCAUUUGGCCCCUAGGCGUGAGGUUUUCCACCCUUGCUUUAGGUUGACUUAGGAUAAACCACCCAGAGUAAAGUACAGUGGGAAGAUCUCAUUCUUGUAUGUCUGGAUUCCUUUGGAAUAUUUAGAAUGAGGGGAGGGAUGCUGUCCAGGGCAAGCUGAAGGUGUACUCAUCAAAUUUUGUUCACGCUGCCCCUUCCCCACAGGAGAGCUGCCCUCGAGGGCAAUGUUGGAACUGGUGAUAAGCAGGAGGCGUGCCAACAAGCUGGUUGUAUGUGUAAGCUUGGCACUGUCUGCAUUUGCUCUCUAGUUUAAUUUUAUUCAAAGUAUGCUGAUUCAGUUAAAUAAUGUAUAUACACACAUAUAUUUUAUUUUGGUUUAUUUUAAGAGAGAAAUGGUAUUUGCUUCAUAAAAUCUACAAUGUUGAAAUGGCAAAAGGGAGAGAGAUACUGUAACUGAAGCAGUUUGUGUAAAUAGAUUGUGAAACAGAUUCAAUUAUAUAUGGACCCAACUACUGUAUUUAUAAGUGCAAAGAGAGGGUCAGCUUGCCAUGUUGCAAUGUAAACUGAUAAAUGUAAAGAGAAUAUACAAAGAAAAAUAGAGGAUAUUAAGAUUCUGCUAGACUAAUGAAUGACACUUAUGUCGUACAAGUGAACCAUUCUGGAAAGAUAUUUUCAUUCUGCACCUGCAAAAGAUCACAAACAAGGGUAUUCUGAAUAUAUGAAUAUAUAUAAAAUGGCCACAGUUCAGCAGAAAGUGACAUGGAAGUUAAUCCAUUGAUUUCCAUGGGACUUGAGUUUGCAUAACUGCAUUGGCCAAUGUCCAAAAUGUGCAGAUUGUUGGAAAACGUGGAGAAAUGAUGACCUUCACACAUGUGAUGAAUGCCCAACAGCAUGAAGUAACCUGGUGAAUGCUGAUAGCGACUAUCAAGUGAUAGUCAAGUGAAUUUGGAUGCUGUCCAUGUUUUUGGACGUUAACCAGAUGCAUAUGGGAUUAUCAACAUGUCCUUGUCAUUUUUGACAGUUUUCACAUGUUGAACAUUCACUGUAAUGUGUAGGAUUUGUCUUCAGAUGGAAAUGUACAGACAAUUUAUAAAGUGGACAGAAUGUUUGCUUUUUCAGCUAGCGAUGUCACUAGUGUGUGUUUUAUUGUGUGACAUGAGAUAUAAUGGCAAUGAACACAACCAACCAGGAAUUUUUUCUGUUCAGGCCCAGUGUAGAAGCAUGCACAGUUCUGUUUCAUUCCAGUGGGACUUUGGACCUGCAGAGCUUCCAUUAAACAACUGUGGGGGUUCCUUCCAUUAUCUUUUGCUUCUUGAAAUAUGUACUGGACUUCACAAUGAUACAGCUUCUGAAUUUUCUGCAAAUAUACGUUUCAACCAAAAUCUGGACAUGUUCAGAAAUGAAACUGCAUUCCUUCUGUGUUUCCUCCUCAAAACCUCCAUCCUACUUUACAGUCACAAAUGUAAACUAGCAGCAAACCUACAAGUGCCUGGCAAUUUUAUUUUGUAUACAUUCUUUCUUCCCGCCCUUUAAUACUGAUAAACUUGCUUUUGCAUAAUAUUGCACUAAAGCCUUGCUUUAUUCCAAGAUAUUAUUUAGAACUGCAAAUUAAAGAAGUCUUCUAAGAAAAUAUCUUGAUGACAGUGAGCUAUUCCAUUUGGAGAGCUUCAUGCAGUCAUUUUUAGGUGUCACUGGAUGUUUAAUCAGAGCUUAUUUCUGAGCAGAACUAUUGAGGGCUAAACGUUUUUUAAAAAAAUAAUAUGAGAGAGUUGCAAUCAGUAGAAACAACUGUGAUAUUAUCCACACAGAUUCAUCUUAUUUUGAAUUAACAACUAUGCCUGUUACUAACUACAAAUGAGAUCAAGUAAAUAAAAAUCAAAUUGCAUUAA